AUGAAUGAAAGGGUCAGCAUCAAUAAGGACAGUAUCUACAUCAAUAACAAAAAUGUCACAUCCGGUUACAAUAUAAUUAGCGUCAUCAUUGACCACGACAUCAAUGACACUCAAGCUUACAUUACAAGCAAAGUUAAUGUCACAGCAGCCGAUUACACCUACCGUAGUAGCAUCAGCAACAAUAACAACAACAACGAAAUCAACAAUAUCAACUUUUUAUCUUCAAAAACUACUACAAGUUGCAACAACAAUAAAAAAGACGACAGCAUUAACGUGAACGCCAACGACAACAACAACAUCAACAACAACAACAUCAAAAACAACAUCAACAACAUCAUCAGCAACAACAACAACAACAAAAAUGUCACCAACAACAACAACACCAGCAAGAAUGUCAAUGCGAAAUAUUUUUGUUAUGCAAAUAGUUGCCCGCGGAGUAGAGUAGUGCCGAGAUAA